CUGCCUCCACCCAGCGCCACCAUCACUACAAAGCAUCCCUUUGCCCAUUCUCAUUCUCUGCCCUGCACACCUGCUCACCUUUGCUUAAGCUCACUUACAUAUGCAGCAACACUUCAGGUAUUUCUCUAUUUAAACUGGGCACAAACCAUCCUUCACACACGCACACACACCGUGCCUCCCUUAUAUUCUGAAGGAGGAAACAACGAUGGCGCCUUCAGUUCUUCAAAAUGGUGGAUUCGUUUUGGGCUUGAUUGGUGCAGCAGCCAUCAUCGCAGCAACUGUCAUGAACAAAUGGAGCGUCAAGGACCGGCAGGGGGACGUGGUGACAUCGAUGUACAACUACAAGGGUCUGUGGCGGGACUGUGAGACCGCUUCCUCGGGAAUGACCGAGUGUCGUCCACUCUACGGCCUCCUGGGGUUCUCAGGAGCUUUCCAGGCCGUGCGAGCCCUGAUGAUCGUGGGCGUGGUGCUGGGCAUCAUCGGAGCGGUGAUAUCAGUUUUCUCCCUGACCUGCCUCAAAAUGAACAGCAUGGCAGACACCACCAAGGCCAAGAUGAGCCUCACCGCUGGCAUCAUGUUCAUCAUCUCCGGUCUGUGUGGCAUCGCAGGAUCUUCCAUCUACGCCAAUCAGAUUGUGGCCACUUUCAGGAUGUCCACAAACUAUGGAGGAGGAUAUGAAAACAACAUGGGAGGGAUGGGAGGGGGAAUGGGAGGGGGAAUGGGAGGAGGAAUACCCAGAUACACGUUUGGUUCUGCACUGUUUGUGGCCUGGAUAGGAGGGGGCAUCCUGCUUAUUGGUGGCAUCCUGAAGUCAAUGGCUUUCAAGGAGAUGGUGAAAGAUGAAAAACCACAUUACCCAGGAGUUGUUUACAAACCUCAGUCCCGCACCAAAACCGAUCACCAAUCAGAGGGCGGCAAGAAAGAACAGAAUUAUGUUUAACUUCAACACAGCUGUGUCGACAAAUUGUGUUUGGUGUUAGCUGUCUACAUGCAGCAAGCUUUGAGGGAUGUUUUUUUCUUCAAUCGCCUCAUUUACACAUUAAAUUCUUUACUAUCUGAUAAUGGGAGUUAAUGACGUCUCACAUUGUAUCAGAAGUCUAACGGGUGCAAGAAGAAACGGGUUUCUGCAAAAUAUGUAGUUUUCACAUGCACAUCUCCAUGUUUACUAGAUAUUUUUAAACCCUGUGUAAUUGAAGCUUUUUUUUUUUACUUGAGUUUGUUUAAUCAUAACAUUAUGUUAAUAAAAUACUGAUUUGUGAAAUA